AUGUCAAAAGUUUCGUAAAGUUUUUGGAAUUCCGUAAUUCCGUAGCCGUAAGCUAGUGCUUUAUCUAGGUUUAAUUAGUUUUUUUACGUUCAUUAUGUAUGAUUGAGUGCUUAGUAAUUAGUGAAUCAUACAAUCAUCACAUAAUAAGUGGUUAUCGGUGUGAUAAAUCCAAGUGGGCGGGGAUCCAAGAUGCCGCGGAAACUGCUAAAGUUCCUGAUCGUGUUCGACAACACGUCGCUGCUGUACUUCCCGGGGCAGUUCCUGUCGGGGAAGGUGCUUAUGGAACUGCAGGAUGACACUCCGGUUCUUGGGCUACAUUUCCAUGUAGUGGGGGAAGGAGUGGUCCGGGUGGGCUCCGGGCGGCACGAGCGGCUCUUUGACAAAGAAAACUACAUUGAUUUCAGGAUGCGACUGCUUGGUGAACCAGGAAACGGCGCCUCAGUCCUCUCCCCCGGCAUCCACAGUUUCCCCUUCAAGCUGGGGCUGCCGCAGGGGCUCCCCUCCACAUUCCUGGGCACUCACGGUUGGGUGCAGUAUUACUGUAAAGCGGCGCUGCGCGAACCCAACGGCCUCACCCAUAAAAACCGUCAAGUUUUUAUUGUCUGCAACCCAAUAGACCUUAAUUUGGAGCCUCCAGUUCUCUCGCAAGAAUUCGAAUGCAGCGUGGAGCACCGGCUCGGCGUGGGCUGCGUGGGCGGCGGUAGCGUGGCGUGCCGCGUCACGCUCGACCGGGGGGCCUACGUGCCCGGCGAGACCAUAGCUCUGAGUGCAGCCCUGGCCAACCACUCCAGGACCACUAUACGGGGCACUAGAGCCACGCUCACGGAGACGAUCCAGUAUUCAGCUCACGGCAAAGUGUGCGCCAAGGAAGUUCGGGAACUUGCCGCACUCACCCGCGGCAAAGUGAGACCCGGCGCCACCGACACGUGGCGACGCGAGCUCCUGUACAUACCGCCGCUCCCGCCCACUAAUCUACGCGGCUGCCAUCUCAUACAAGUGCAUUACGACGUGUUUUUUAUAAUAGAGCCAAAGAGCCUGGAGAAGGAAGUGAAGCUGCAGCUCCCAAUCCUCCUGGGUACGUACCCCUUCGCCUCGGAGCGGGACUCCUCCCCCUCCUCCCCCGCCGCCCCUCCCCUCUACCCCAGCACGCUGCCCGUGUUCCGGCCCUGGCUCGCCGAGAAACCGCAACAGUAACACAACACACCAGACUACAACUGCUGUUACUGCCUAGUGCCUACCUACACACUUACCUCUUCUCGUCUAAAUAGAAGUCGGUCAUAUAGCUGAACGUUGCCCGUCUUUCAGCCGUGGCUGGCUGAGAAAAUGCAGAAUUAAAUCUUAUGAUGUCUAUAUCUGCAUCGGCAAUGAAUAUAUCUGUCAUAUGCAGUUGAGGACCCUGGCAAAUUCUGGGUACAUACUACAUAGUACCAUAGAAUACUAAUAUACUAGAGCGGUACUGUCAUAGUAAAUUUUGUAACCCCAGUAAAUUCACUGCCAUCUAUCGACACACUUUAAAACUAAAAAUGAAGAUUUAUAAAAAUACGAUAGAAUGUAUUUAAAUAUAGAUAAAUGAUUUUUUUUAUUUGCAUUAAUUAUUUUUAUGAACUUGACCCAUGUUCUUUCACUGAUAUGCGUUAAAAUUGUUAAAUAACAAACGAAACCGUCAACGCCAUCUAUUCGACUGUAGGCCAAAACUAGUAGCGCCCUCUGAACGAGAAUCAAAUUUUCUUGAUUUUCGAGGCACGUUUUUUCCUUAGACUGUAUCUAUCUAUUACGGAGUUAUAUCUAUCUUUGAUAGUACGUACUCGUUCGUGUUUAAACGGAACUCUGUUUUUUUUCACUCAUAACGAAGGCCGUCGUUUCGGUAGCCCACCGCCCUGCUUAAAAGAACAAUAGUUUUUAACACGUUCACUGCCGGCACGAGCGCAGCCGAUAACACGCAUUUUCCUUUUUUUUUUUGGGAUUACCAACAGACAAUACAUCAUGAAAACAUUAUUUGUAGCUUACAUAACAUUAAGGUUAAAUGUUUGUCCAAUUGUAGGUAACCACAGCUUAAUACCAGUGCAAUAUAAUAUAAUAAAUAUUCAAAUAUUAUUAAAAGAAUACUUUUCUAUUGCACUUUGCGGCAGAAAAGUGACGACGUUUUUGUAGCGAAAAACGGUCGGUCGGUGGCAGUGAAUGUGUUAACAGAUUAGAGUCUGUGUCCAGUUAUACUAUAACUACAAAUCUAGGAAUCGAAAUCUAGAUCUGUAUUGUCUGUGGGUACAUGCUCAUAAAAUUCUUAGGCUUAAUUAAACCAUUGUUUUAUUGCGUGGAAUUGACUUUUUAUAUCGACUUAUUUCUAAUGUACUACUAUUUUGUAAUUUAAUUCCACGCAAUAAAUGUUUUUGUGUACGAUUUUUUUCAAUUGUGAAAUGUACCUACUUUAAUAUGAAAAUGCAUAAUAAAUAUAAAUACACCUAGGUUUUGUAAGCUUUAAAUACACAAACACCGCAAUAUGUGCUUCGCGUCUGUUUUCAUACGGCUUAACCCUUUAAUGGCUAUUUGUCAUAUUCAUAUCAAAAAUUAUUCAAAAUGUCACACACGCGCCAAUAUUACUAGUACACGAUUUAAGAAUAUCAAUAAAAUUUCACCAUCAUUAAAAGCAUGAAUGUUACUUUAAGAGAGCUUGACAACUUUAAGGAUUCUUGGCGUUCGAAGGGUUAAGUAUUUGUAAAGAUUAAAUUUUUGUAUUUUCACAUAUUGGCGGCGCACUUUCCCACUUAUAAAUGACUUUGUGCCAUCACAUUACUGCAGUUAUUUUUAUAUUUUAACACGUGUUUAUUAGGUCCUUUAUCAAUGAGUUUGAGAAGUGCUUUAUGUUUUUCUGAAUACUCUCGAAUAUUGACAAUAAUUACAGGUACUUUUAAGGUAUACAUUUGAAGUAUAUUAAGUUUAAGAUUCGUGUUAUUUACGUCCUGAAUAUGAUACUUAUUUUAUUACUAUAAAAGUAAAAAUGUAUUUAUAAUUUACAGUUUAUACGACUAACCUGUGAUAAACCAGUCCGUCCAGUGUAAUAUGAUCUAUGAAUAUAAAAUAUACUUUUUAGGAAUC